UCGUCCAAUUUAUGUUAGGGGCUUGGGGAGGGUCCAGGACAACAAUUUAGCUCGAAAGGUUUAGCGGAAACAAGCGUCGCGCCGUAUUCGUGUUUGUCAGUUUUUAUUUCAUUAUUUCCUGGCUUUUAUCCGUGCUGCCAAUCGGGAUGAAUAAACGUCCUUAUAAAAAGCAGUUGGUUCGCGAUAAGGUGGACAUGUCAUUAGAUGACAUCAUUCGGUUGAAUAAAAAAGAGCAACACACAAAAGGGAAACAACCCAACAAAAAUCAACAAACACUCCACCGGCGAAGGACUCCUCGAACACAAGGAAAAACGAAAAUUCGUUCCAGAAACAACGGCGGUGUGUUCCAAGUUGGAGGAUCAGCAGCAACUAAAUUAAGAACUCGGGUCACGCCGGGUGUCCGGCGAAUUCAGGGAGUCGUCACCGGUCUGGCAGCCCGGAGAAAUGCAACCCUCCUCAAGCGACCUGCUCAGAGAACAAAACAAAAGCCCCAACCUUUUUUUCAGUACACUCUGCGUGUUGAAAGAAAGGUUGGGGCUUCUGCUCUGUACAGAACUGCUGCCAUCACCAAGACGGACCGCAGUGGAAAGCCAGUCAACAGACCAUUUCAACAGCAACAACGACAUCUCCCUUGUGUGCAUCAGACGGUUGCACGCCAGGCCACAUUUCUUCAUCACCGAGGACUUAAGGUGCAAACUCUGGUACAGAAGCCAAGUCCUCACAAUCGUCCUGUUAGACCUCGCCCGUGGCGCACGUCUACAAGUAGCCCCGGAGUUUUGACCGUAUCCAUCGACAACCCCACAGCCAUGACUCAGCCCGAGCCUCCUUCUGCCUGGACUCUGCAUCCCGCGACGGCUCCCUUGGCCGCAAGUGACGUGGAAACGGCAGAGAAGAAAAUACCGAAAGGAGUGCCUCUCCAAUUUGAUAUCAACAGUGUUGGGAAACCACAAACGUCAAUGACCUUGAACGAGAGAUUCCGCAUCUUGAAAGAAGGACGUGCAAAAAAAAGUAAAGGCAACAGAUUUGUUGUGGUGGACUAGAUUUAAGGAGGAACUGCACACAAUAAAAAAAAAAAACGAGAGCCCGCAGAAGCCCAACUCACCUUGACUUUCCCCUCAAUAACAGGUUGCGUGUGUGAACCGAGAACAAAAAAUAACACUUUUGAUACUGUUGUAUAGGCAACAGUUGAUGUUAUUGUUGAUUCUGUCAGAACCACAAUGUAUGUUUUUUUAAAGAAUGUUUUUUUAAUUAUUCAAUUAAAGGGCAUGACUUUGUCAAA